UGAUGAUAAGGUAACUAUGGCAAAUGUGCAGGCAUAUUUGGUUGUCAUGAGGUUACUUUUUUGUCUUGUAGUCGACACCUAGUAGUUUACUUUAUUGCACAACUUAGACUACCAGAUACCUGGAACCGUACAGAAUCCAAAAUUAGAGAGUGCAAAGAAAUCAACUGGCGCUUGAAAAGAUAUUGGAUAAUAAAUGAUCAGACACAAAAGGAACAAACUUGUUUUAUAUCCAUCAAAAUCUGUGCCAGUCUCGCCUGAGAAAGAGAAGAGAGAGAAAAUGAAAGUGAAAAUGUUCCGGUUUCCUAAACUCGGUCGAUUAGAACGAGCGAAGCCACGAAUUUCUGGUCCUAAAAAAGUCACGCACAAUCUGCACGUGGCAUUUGAUAAAUCCACAGGAGAAUUCAAGGUUUUCUAUUCGAAUGGUUUUUUAAAGGGUCUUCCGAUUUCGUGGCAGAUGCUUUUAACAGCAACAAAAAUAUCAGGAAUGGAACAAGAAAAAAAUCCGGAAAUCCUUUCUGGUGUACUACAGAGUUUUGAUGAAUCAGUUAAACAGAAAGAUAAAUAUAUGACAAAUGUAUCUGUCAUUCCGAGUAUGUUAUUUCAUUCUUGUGUGGAUAGCAAUAGUAGCGGUCGUGGUAGCAGCUGCACCACUAAUAGUGGCAGUGGUAUGAAUAGUAGUGAGAACAGUCCUACAAGUAUUCUCCCUCCUAGUAUGUCACUAUCUCAAUUGCCGUUACAAUAUAACAACUGUUGUUCAUUUGUCUCCUAUCCACCGUCACCGCAGUCUGGUCCACCCCAUGCAACUGUCGUAUUGAGAGAUUUAGAUUUUGCUGAAAGUUGUAACAAUAAUUCUGAACUCGGCAGCAGUAUUAAAGAAGCAGGUACUUUAUGGCAUACAUAUUUACAUCAUAAGACCAUCGCCCAAUCGCCCACGUGUUUGCCAUUUCAAGGGGGUAGAUUUGUUCCAGAAUCUUGCAUGAUGGUUGGAGAGUCUACAUCUGUUGACGAGGAUGAGGAUGCUAAAGAUGGAGAUGACGAACAGGAAGAGUAUGAAGAAGAAGGUGAGGAGUUAGGUGAAGAUAAGGACAAGAGUGGGAAUCAACAAAGUGGACUGAACAAUCGUGAAAUGACUACAUCUGAGGUGGCUGUUAAAUGGAUGACAAGCGGUGGAACUUGUGGUGAUCUCCCUAUUCCAAUGAAUAUGUGCAAGGCAUCUAGAAAUGGUGUAACCGGUGAAGCUUUUGGUAACCGAAAUGGUGUAACCGCCCAUAAUAAAACUUCAUCAACGAACAGUGGGAGUGUUGUGAAUUCGGUCAAUGUUAGUAAGGGCAGUGGAACAUCGAAGACUAUUCAGUCACCAACUCCCGAUAAAAGUGUACUACCAGCUGUUCCAGUCAAGCCACAAGAUCCAACACAUGUGUUUCGCACACAACAACAAACUGAAAUACACCAAUCCCCUCAUUACUCUCCACACCAAUCUCCUAAUAAUAAAAUGGAUUCCGACAAGACUGUUGGGAUGACCGCAUCAGAAGCCGUAGUAGCAACAACAACGACUACUACUACUAAUACUUUUGAGAAUGCAAUCAAAUCGACUAUACCUAGUACACCUAAACGUCGUAUGAGAAAUCAAUUAACGGAUCAACAGGUACUCGAUAAAUUGAGAACUAUUGUAAGUGAAGGUGAUCCGUAUCAGAAAUAUCGUAUGGUACAUAAAAUUGACCAAGGUGCAUUUGGUGUUGUAUUUAUUGGAUAUGAAAUCGCUACUGGCAGUUUGGUGGCUAUUAAAAAAAUAGAUUUAGCUAAACAACCUAAAAAAGAAUUGAUCCUUAAUGAAAUUCUAGUGAUGAAAGCUAAUCGUCAAGCAAAUAUUGUAAAUUAUCUGGACAGUUAUUUAGUAUCCACUUCAGUUCCCACUCAUAUGGACCAUCAUCAGCAUUACAUGAAUGGUCCAAUUCAACAGCACCAACAGCCAACUAACAAUGAUGAAGAUAGUCUCAAUUCAUCAACAAUGAGUUCAGGGAAUAUGUCUAAAGGUGAAGAACUCUGGGUCGUCAUGGAGUAUUUAGAUGGUGGCCCACUAACUCAUGUUGUCACCGAGACAUGUAUGGAAGAAGGACAUAUUGCAUCAAUAUGCCGAGAGAUAUUAUAUGCCCUUGAAUUUCUUCAUGCGAAUUGUGUCAUUCAUCGUGAUAUCAAAUCAGACAAUGUUCUUCUUGGAAUGGAUGGAUCUGUAAAAUUGACAGAUUUUGGUUUUUGUGCGCAGUUAAGCAGCCAUGGGACCAAACGUACAACAAUGGUUGGCACACCGUAUUGGAUGGCACCAGAAGUUAUUUUAUGUAAACAGUACGGCCCAAAAGUAGAUAUUUGGUCAUUAGGAAUAAUGGCUAUUGAAAUGGUAGAUGGUGAACCACCGUAUCUCGGUGAAAAUCAUAUUCGAGCCAUGUAUCUCAUCGCGACUAAUGGUAAACCUGAAAUUAAAGAACGUAAUCAUCUAUCAGGAACAUUUCUUAAUUUUCUCGAUCGUUGCUUAGAAGUGGAUGUAGAACGAAGAGCCACAGCGACUGAAUUAUUACAACAUCCAUUUAUUUGUCAAUAUUCUGAACCGUUGAGUUCAUUAAUUCCACUGAUAAAUUUUGCCAGAGAACAGAAAUGGUAAUAAGCCCCAAUGGCGACCUUCAAUAUAGAGAAUGUGACAAAAAACCUAACUGAUUUUUUUUAUAACACUAUUACUUUUGCUCAUAUUUGUUCAUUCUGCUGUGAUCAACUGAUUAUUACUCUCCAUA